AUGGCUUUUAGCUACAGUGCACUUACUGUAGCCUUAUUUCUUUGUUCAUUCUAUGUCAGCACAUACGCUUUAGAAGAAGGUAAGCUAUCGUACCCACUAUCUUUAGACCUGAACGGGAUUCACUAGUCCCGACUCUUCCUCGGAUCAAACUAGGCCGAGCCGGAUCAAAUUUAAAAACAGACGAACUGAAAAACGGGCCAGGUCCUGCUCCUUUAAAGUCUACUAAGCAAAGAACUUACUAUAUAUCUUUAUCGUUUCAGAAUGUAAAUGUAACAACCAACCGUGUAUAGACAGAGGAUACGAAUUUUGCUACGAAGCUAGUAUAGACGAUUACACUAACAAAUGCGAAUUGAAAUGUCGAAAAGAAGGCGACUGUUUGGACCAUAGUUGUGAAUGCAGUAAUCGGAAAUGUCUUCAGUUGUAUGGUAUUAACAGUACAUGUUACACAGCCUUUUGUGACAACGGCAUUUGUAAUGUGGCUUGCAAUAACGAUGUUGGUACGUUAUAAGAGUUUUUGUAUUGUAUUAGGUUUUUCAAGUAAUUCUGUGCUCCUAACCCUAAAAAUUUGCUUUGAGAAGGAGCACAGAAUUAUUUGAACAACAUAAUAUAAUAGUUAUUGCUUUACUAUUCUUUAUUUGCACUUUUAAUUUCAAAUUUCUAAAAAAUUUAGCCGAAUGCAAGUGCAGCACCAAAGAAUGCAAGGGUAAAGGCUACGAAGUGUGCAUAAAAGCUGAAUUCAAUAAUGAAACGGCCGUAUGUGAUUACAAAUGUCAAAAAGAAGGCGAUUGUAUUGAUAAAAAGUGCACAUGUAACGCACAGGAAUGUAGCGAACAAGGCAAACGAUGUUGUGGUACAUAUUGCUAUGAUGGAGAAUGCAUGAGUAAAUGCUGUCAUCUACGUCAGUUUCUUUUUGUCAUCUUGAAAAAACGUUUUACAUUAGAUGCGAAAUUUAAAAAUUUUUUUAAUCUUCCCUUUCCUAUACCGACAAUAUCGUCGUAUAAAUUAAAAAAUAUUUUACAGCCACAACUAAAGCACCCACAACUCCAGUCCCAUUCAAUCCCCCAAGUAGCCCAGAAAAUUGCACAUGCGACAAUGAGUACUGUGUUGAACAUGGGUACAAUGUGUGCGAGAGCGCUGAGUACGCUAAUGGUACAUGUUCGUACACGUGUGGAAAGAAGGGAGACUGUUUGAACAAGAACUGUACAUGUAGCGACGAUGAAUGUAUUAACCUGGGCUUUGAUAGUUGCUCCGGCACGAUUUGUAUCAAUGAGAUUUGUUAUAUUCAGUGCUGUAAACAGUGUGGUGAGUAUAGGUGAAGUUUAGCGUUUUAUAAUAGCUAGAUGGCUAAUAUACCAUUUGUAAUGUAAAAAAGCUAUUUUCAGACAGUACCACACAAACAACCGCAAUCAUAACAAAAACGACUACACUAAAACCAAAACCAGUUGACCCAACACCCACAGGGUCACUACAACAGUGCGUAUGCGACAACUUCACAUGCAUCGAAAGAGGCUACGAAUACUGCGUGGACGCCUUCCUCGACGCAAACGGUGUUUGCGACUACAGCUGCAUCAAGGUCGACGAUUGUCCUCAAAAGAACUGCACCUGCGAGGACCAACAAUGCGUGGAGCUCGGCUUCCAGUAUUGUGAAACCGCGUACUGCCAAGAUGGUCGAUGUGAACUUAGUUGUUGCAACGACACUGCAACUCCCCAUCCUCAAGAACCCACUCUGCCAACACCGUGUGAUUGUACUGAACAAAUGGUAAAACAGUGUUUCGACGAAGGCUACACCUACUGUGUACAUGGAGAACUCAUUGAUGCCGUAUGCAAACCAAUAUGUCGUGGUCCACAUUGUGCAAAUGGUACACAAUGCGUUUGUGAGGACAAAGAAUGCGGAAAUCUAGGUUAUGAUCAUUGUGGUGGAACGUACUGCGAAAAUAAUGAAUGUAAAAUAUCUUGUUGUGUGAAAAACGGCGCUGAGCAGAACUUUACCAUGCCACCAGUUACUACUCGUCACCCAUUUACCACGACCAGUCAUUUGACAAGACGUACCAGAACUCCGAAACCUAAAAAGACAACAACGGAAACUACGACAACUACUACGUUGAGCACUACCACAACAACAACCGUUACUCCGGCCGGCGAUCUUCCUCCAGGAAAAUAA